AUCUCACAGACAAAAACGAUUCGCAGUGUUAGCAUACUGUUUUCCUAGUUGAAGGCAUUAAAUGUUACCUUUUGUCUUUUCCCGUAGACGGAACACUUAAGAGAUUGUGAAUGGCCGUUGUUUCCGCAAGACCGUUGACGCAGACGGACCUAAACAAAUACAACGCGCUUCUGAAGUCUUCCGCCUGGAACUGAACCAGAGGAUCGAAAUAUCAGACUGACUUGAAAGUAAAGUCUAUUUUGAUAACUCCAAAUGAAGUUUCGAGGGAAGAUCACAGACAUUGCCUAUCUCAACCACUUCAGUCGAGUCAUCACCACCAUCUCAAAGCUGACUAAGACAUGCAUCCUGCGUUUGACUACAGAGAAUCUGUUCUUCGUUCUGUCUGGUAAAGUGACCAAUGGUGGUGUCAGCAUGUGGUGUCAACUGUCACAGCUGAUCUUCUGUGUUUACUUCAUUCAGACCAACUGCUUUGAUGAGUACCAGAUGGAGGGUGUUUCCCCUGAGGACAAUGAGAUUUGUCUGGAGGUGAUUCCGGAGAACCUGUCCAGAGCUCUGAAGACAAUCCAGAAUGCCAAAGUUGUUAAAAUCAAACUCACAAAGAAGCACUGCCCCUGCCUCACUGUCAUAGCUGAGCUGCCCACAUUGUCCAGUAUCAGUCGAGUCAUCACUCAUGACAUCCCAGUUGACGUUGUCCCACGUAGACUCUGGCAUGAAUUCAAAGAACCGAGCAUGCCAGACUUCAAUGUCAGUAUUUGCCUGCCUCCUCUGAAGACCAUGAAGAAUGUUGUGGACCGUAUGAAAAACCUCUCCAACUUCCUGGUAAUAGAGGCCAACCUGAGCGGAAAGAUGAACCUGAAGAUUGAGACAGAUCUGGUUUCUGUGACUACCCAUUUCAGAGACCUAGGAAAUCCUCUUUGGGGCGAUGAUGCUUCUCUGGACGAUGGUUCAUCUCAGACCAGGGAUUCAGAGGUCAUGGCGGAGGCCAGAGUGGACAUCAGGAAGCUGCAGCAGUUUCUCAUGGGACAGCAGGUCAACCCCAGCAAGGCCAUGUGCAAUAUUGUCCAUCAGAGGGUUAUCCACCUGAUCCUGCUGCAUGAAGAUGUGUCUCUGCAGUAUUUUAUCCCUGCUGUAGCAUAGAUGUACUGCAGACCACACAAGUUCUGUUUUCUGUUUACUAGGACUUUUAGUGGGCUGUGAAAUGUUUUCAGAUGUUUUCCACAUAACAAAGGAAUAAUCUUUCAUUUCGGACCAUACACCUGAUGGAAUCAACUUCAAGACAUGAUUUGAAUGAUGUCUUGAAGUUGGAUCCAUUAAGCCACAGACUUACCUUUGGUAGCAUUAAAGAAAUCCUGCUACCCUGGAAGUUUCAGAGCCACUGCAUUCUUCACCAUCAUGUUCAAAAACAACUGUGGAAUACAUCCAGCAACGAAACUUCAGGAUCACCAGUCUGGAAAUUGUGGUAAUAAAAUGUGGAGACAAUUUCUCACAUUGACAAUGCAACUGCGUGUCCUUUAUUAGUUUCCUUUUUCAUCCUAAAAACUCUUACUUUCACCAUCCCAGCAAACACCACAGCGUGAAACACCCCUUAUAAUAGCUGACAUUGCUACCUUAAUGGUGAAUUAUGACCAUAAUGUCCACUACAGUGCCCAACAAAAGUAUCUUUGUGCAAAAACAAAAGGGGAAAAUCCAAAACGUAUUAGUUUUCAGUAAUUGGAAAAAAAAGUACUACUUGGUUUAGAUGGGACAGAAGUAUUGGACAAAUACUCAUCAUACUGUAAAAGAUUUAUACUGCCUGAGGUGUCAUUCCAUUGAAAACACAGAUUUUUUAUUUUUUUUUUCAUUCAAGAACAGGGACUAAAACUAUUACUGAAAUUUCUCAGACGUUGAGUCAUACAAUUGCUUUUCCCUUCAAAUCUCCUCAGUCACUCUUUCUUCCAUAUGUUCCGUUUUGAUUGAUCUAAAACAAUCCAAUUAAAAAAAUUGCAGACAUAGAAAAGCAGCUGGUAAUACCAAAGCAGAAAUAUUUUACUACCAACUGGACCAAUAGCUCCUGCGAUCUGGGUCACUGUGGCACGUAUUUACAUUUAUGGGGAGGUGCAUGUCAGAUGUUAGGGUUUACACAGGCCUGUCACAUUGAAACAGAAGCAUAAAUUCUUUCUGAUUUUUAUUUGUGUUUCCACAAAACAUUAAAAAUUACUUUUGAAAACCUGAA